AUGCGUAGUGCCAGAAGAUCUCUCACCGAGGCCACUGCUGCCGCCCGCCUCAGGCAUCGCAAGUCGCACUCCGAAGAUCGCGGCUUCGCUGGACGCAUUGAGGAGGCAAUGACAAACCCGGGUUCCGUGAAGAUAAACGUCAAGGGUGCUUUCAUUGUCGAAGAGGAAGACGAAUCCCCGUCUCCGCCUAAUGGCACGCCAAAGGAUGGUGUUCACUAUGAACGCAAAGAUAUUCGUUUGCCUCACCAUACGGCCGUCGUGAGUCAUGUUGCCGUCGAUAUCGGAGGGUCCUUGGCGAAACUGGUCUAUUUCUCUAAAGAGAUCGGAUCACCAGACAACGGAGGACGCUUGAAUUUUAUUAACUUCGAGACCGAGCGGAUCGAUCUAUGUAUUGAGUUCAUAAGGGAGCUGAAAGAACGCCACGAGAGAAACUAUGCCACUUCCCCCGGUGAGCUCUGCGUCAUGGCCACUGGCGGUGGUGCUUUCAAGUACUACGACCAUAUUAAAGAAUCCUUGGGGAUUAAUGUGCUUCGGGAAGAUGAGAUGGAGUGUUUGAUUAUUGGGCUGGACUGGUUCAUUACCGAGAUCCCGAACGAAGUGUUCGCCUACAGCGAGACCCUUCCAACAGAGUUCGUAGAACCUCGACCGGAUGUCUACCCGUACUUACUUGUGAAUAUCGGCUCUGGAGUGUCAAUGGUGAAAGUCUCAGGACCACGGCAGUUCCAGCGUGUGGGAGGAACUUCUCUGGGUGGCGGCACGUUUUGGGGCAUAAUGUCUUUGCUCACUGGAUCGCGGACUUUCGACGACAUGCUGGCCAUGGCUGACAGAGGCGACAACAGUGGCGUAGACCUGCUCGUCGGAGAUAUCUAUGGCACGGAUUAUAGCAAGAUUGGAUUGAAGGCUACAACUAUUGCUAGCACUUUUGGAAAGGUGUUUAAGAUGAAGAGGCUGGCCGAGCGGCAUGCUGAGGCUGGAGAGGGCCCGUCACAUCCUGAAAGCGAUUCGGAUACAGACGCCUCGCAGUUCAGCCAUGAGGAUAUGAGUCGAAGCUUGUUGUACGCCAUAAGUAACAACAUCGGCCAAAUCGCUUACCUUCAAUCCGAAAAACACAAAAUAAAACACAUCUACUUUGGCGGAUCCUUUAUCCGUGGCCACCGCCAAACAAUGAACACGCUCUCCUACGCCAUUAGAUUUUGGUCGAACGGAGAGAAAGAGGCAUAUUUCUUGCGCCAUGAAGGAUACCUUGGUGCUGUUGGUGCUUUCCUCAAAAGGAAGCCCGAGACCUGGGGACGCAGAAAAAGCCUGGAGGACGCGGUUGUUUCUCGAUAUGCUGGCUGCAGGGAGAAUUUGCGUCGGUGUGCUACUAAUGAAGACCGGGAGUUUGGGGUGUCGUAA